AAAACGAAAGGAAAAUUGGAUCACAUACCGUUCUCGCCAAUUUUGAGAAGAUUAAGGUUAGGGUUCGUGGUUUUCUUCUCUCUCUCAAACCCCUCCCAAACCCAUUCCCAAUUUCGCCCCUCACUGGCUCGUCUCUUCCUCUCCGAGUUUCUGCUCUCAACUCUCCUCCUCUUCUUCGCCGUGACUGUCAAACCUCCAUAUCGCCGCUGCUCCUCCACCUCGACCACGCCGGCUCGCCGCUGUCUUGGUGCUGCCGUCUCAUCAGCUCAGACGUAAUAGUGUUACCAAAUCGAAGCUAGGGUUUCAUCUACUUCCAUUAUGAACUGUGAGGCUUGCCACCUCAAGGAACUGGAAGUAGAGCUCUUUGAGAUACGUGAAGUUUUGCGAUGCAUACUGCACACUAUUGUGUUUCAUCGGGCCUUGGGGCUUGUGCGUCCAAAAGAAGUCGACUUGGAGCUUUUCGACAUAACUUACGUGCAAUGUGGGGAGGUGGAGCUUGAGAAGAAAAUAGAUGAAAAGAUUGACCAGUUUGUUUGUUGGGUGGAGAAGCAUCCAAACAAAAAGAGUCAGAUAUGUUUAUCUUUCUAUGAGGUAAAAAACAAACAGGCAUCUUGGUUCAGUAACAAGAUUGAACGCCUGUAUUGGGAACAAUGGUAUAUUUAUCUUAAUGUGGCCCAACAUCCAAAGGGACAUUCUAACAAGUCUCAUCAUGCCAAAGUUGUUGAUCCGGGAGAGGGAGCAUUGGAAGAUAGAAAUGCUCGAAGUGCAGCACUUGAAGCAUCGCUUCGUGAGGUUUUAUUUCAAAUAAUUAAAUUUGUUAAUGAGAAGAAGGAUCAUGUUCCUCCAAUUCCAAAUCUUGAGGGUGCUGUUUCAUUUCCCUAUGAAAUUACAAUUCCCAGUUCCUCAGAUUCUGCAUUUGGAAUGGACAUGAUCAAGAGGAUGCUCCAAACAGGACAUCCAACAAUGCUAAGUUAAAGAGUUUGUAGAGUUGUGGAUGGGUUAAAUCAAAUGUAAUCUUACUGGUUGGAUUUAAGAUUGAAAUGUAAUGUUGAAGUUGCUAAGUAAAGGCAAGGUUCAGUCUCUCUGUAAAUAUGACAUAUUCUAUAGGUGCAAAUAGUGAACAUUUUUAUUUUAAAA